CAAAAUAAACUUUAUUAUCAGUUAUGUCAAUCUUUUAUUUUAAAUCCACAAUUCAUUGUUGAGAUACUAAGUUACUUGAAUGACAAAGGGAUCGAACAAGUAAAACUAAACUAGAAAUGAUGAUGAUAAUUUAAGAAGAAAUUAAGAUUAUCAUCAUUAGGUUUUAUAAAAUUUAAAUAAUUUUCCUUCAACAUUUUCUAAUACUAGGUAUUUUAAAAGUUGUUGUUAAACAACUUUUUUUUUUAAUUUUGGUUGUUGUACGACUUUUUGUGCUUAAAUCUAAUGAAAAUUUUACUAGAAAAAAAUCCACGCCGACCAGGCAGCAGAUGGGACUCGAACCCGCACCCUCCGCUAUCCGGGCGGAUGCACUAACCAUUAUGGCCCUAAUUGUCCGUGUCGAAUUUUCUCUAGCAUUUUCUACGCUGCAUUCCAUUAAAACACGUAUUGGUUUAAAAUGAAAAUCUAUUCCGAUUAUUAUAUUUUUUUACCUUUUUAGCUCCAUUUUCGAUUUGUAAGGUUUUUUUGAAAUAUUUAUAUAAACGAUUUUUUUGUUACUUUAACCGUUUAUGCAGUGCAGGCAACGGAUGCUCACAAACGAAAUAUUUUUACCCAUUUUUGCUACAACUUUCAUCGAUGCUCCGCUUCUACUGGUCGUAGCGUGAUUUUGUUUAUAUUUAUGUUUUCAUGGAAGGUUUAAAGGUUGAAGCACAAGUCUGUUUACAAAAACUAAAGUCUACACUACGGCUCUACACCGAAGAUACCGAGGGCGGGCCACUAAUCUUAAAUAAAUGUAUGACGUUUGUAACUGAGAUGUUCGAAUAUCUAUGUAUUUUCAGUACUUCAGAUCUUUUUCCCAAUUAUACGUGUUCCAUUUAUCUUGAAAAACAAACAUAAAUAAAACUAAUCUGCAAAAAAAUUAAUAACAACCUUUACGAACAUCUACAGAGGACUUGAGCUACAGUUUUGAAGUUUUUUAAAAAGAGUAUUAGCACCUAAGUGAAUCGAUAUGGAACAAUUUAUAUGAAUUGUAUAAUAGAUUUAUGCUUAACUUUAACUCCAGGAGCGUUUUUAGCGCCAUUUUUCUUGGUAAUUUAUCAAUCAACGAGAAUCUUUGAAAACCAGAGUAUAACUAAAUACAGAUCUGUUAACGACCUUUUAUAUCCGUCAUGCCAUAAUAAAAGAAAAAGACCUUUUAUAAAUUAUAAUAAAUCCUCAAGAAGAAUUCACAAAUACGAAAUAUAGAAAGUACCGUAGAAUUCAUAAGUCGUUUAUAAUCGAUAUUUGAUUUCUUAAAAUAUAUUGAGCUAAUCCACCAUAAAUAGAAACUGAUUGUUCCGUGUUCCGCAGUGGAUCUAUUGUUGACAUCACAAUAGGCUGAACGAAUGAUUUGUUUAAAGCCCAUUUAUCUUCAUGCCAUAGAUUUCCGUUCAGGCGAGACAACGGAGGGCAGAUCCGUAGACAGCACUCGGGUCACUCAUGUAGAGCAGUGACACAUACAUAAAAAUAAAAUAUGUAGUCUCCAUCAUAGAAAAUGAAAAUUCCUAUAUGGAUAUUUCACCAAUUCACUUUCACCGCUCUUCAGUGCAAUCGUCAUUAUACCAUCAACCAAUAAAGGUCUGGGUAAGAAGAGUCUUUCAUCCAGUUCAAAUACCACAAAGUAAUUUGCCCACAAACAAAGUAACCAAAGCUGGAUCAUGUACAGAGCAAUAUUACCGAUGCGAAUUGGCCCUGACCCACUAUUCAGUCACAGUGUCGAUUGGUGGGUGUUAACGACUGGUAGAUGCAGCUGGAACCAACGGCCUAAUGUGUUUCUGAAGAAUAGGAUCGGAGGGAAUUGGAGGAGAAUAUUUUUUUAGUCACACAUCUUAUGACGUCAUACGAUGUUAACAUCAAACUUAUCUUCUACGAUCGCAGACCAAAUACGCUUAUCACUGCGCUAUCGAUUAUAGUACAAAAUCCAAAGUCAGCCAGCCCUCAUCGACAAAAUAUGGAUAAUUGAGUAGUAUUAGUGUGUAAAUGAACGUAUACAUACGUGACACCGCGUACCGUUCACAUGCAAUCUACGCGGAGUCGUUUACCUUCCGAGCGUCGGGACGGCCAUGUGCGUAGAUGCGUGAGCGCAGCGCGACGACCAUCCGCCAGAGCGCCAGAGCCCGCGGCGGCGCGCGGACGAUGCCGCGCUGCCUACACGCAGCCCUACUCCUCGCAGCCGCAGCCGCCAUCGCAGCCGCAGCCUGGACGCCCCCGCCACACCCGCUUCACCUCGACCCCAAAACGCACACAGCGAACACAACCAAGCACCUUCAACUUCUCGGCUGGCAUCUGGAACUCCAGGAAAAUAAAGCCAUACGCUCUCCUUACUACAACGAAUGCCAGUUCUAUAGAGGACGGAUACUACACGAAGAGGAAUCGACAGCUACUGUGACCGAGUGUGACGGCCAGCUUUAUGGUCUUCUCCAAGUCGGGAAAGAAGAGUUUGUCCUGCAACCAAACCAACCAGGGUCUAAUCACGUUCUCCGUAGGAGAGAUGUGAUGUGGUCAGAUCGCCCUGCCGAGUAUAAUCUCACAGGCGACACGGUCACUGACCUUGAUCUUCACUUCGAAGAAGAUGAAGUCUCGACGCCGCAUGUGCGCCUGAGAAACAGCGAUUACUCGGACAUCGAGUAUUUUCGAGAAGUGCGUCCCGUCACUAGAUCUGUGUCAGGUGUGAAUGGACUGUGGCUCGAGAUGGCCAUUGUAGCGGAUCACACAAUGCUGAAAUUCCAUGGGCGCGAACGAGUGAAUCAUUACAUUUUAGCUUUAAUGAACAUUGUCAGUGCUAUCUUUAACGACCCCUCGUUGGAUGCUAAUAUGACGCUUGUUAUAAACAAGUUGUUUCUCUAUGAGGAGAAAGAUCCUAUUAUAAAGUUUGGAAAUGUAAAGAAGUCCUUGGAAGCUGUGAACAAAUGGAAUUAUAGACACCUUAUGAAACUCCCAUUAGAGAGCACUGGGUGGGACGCAACAAUAUGGUUGACACGGGCGCAGCUCGGCGGUCCAUCGGGGUUUGCUCCCGUCGGCGGGGUGUGCUCCAAGACUCGCUCGGCCGCCAUCGACCGAGACGAGGGCCUCACCAGCGCGUUCGUCAUCGCUCACGAGCUGGCGCAUCUGUUAGGCCUGACUCAUGACGGGGAAGGCCAGUGUGAAAAGGAGUCUCUGCGAGGAUCAGUGAUGUCACCAACCGUUCUUGCUACACUCCAGAAGUACGCGUGGUCUUCCUGUUCUAAGGAGCAGUUCCAUGAGAAGUCUAAGAAGUGGUGGUGUCUCCAUGAGAGAAGUCAAGACGAUGGUGUGGAGUUAGGGGGAGCCAAGGAGGUUUCGAACUAUGUCUUCACUAUGGACGAACAAUGCAGAACUGAAUUUGGUGAAGGUUUCUCCGUGUGCAAGACUAUGAAACUGAAGUCAGCCUGUUCAAGGCUGUGGUGUGCCCACCGAGCUAUGCCACACGUGUGUCGUUCAAAACGGGCGCCGCCUAUGGAGGGGACACCUUGUGGACCUAACAAGUGGUGUGUGGACCGCGUUUGCGAACCUAUGCCAGGCCACGUGGAUACGAAAGUUGAAGAACCCCUGGCUCCACAGUGGGACGAAUGGGGUCCGUGGAGCGGCUGUAACGCUGAUUGUGGUUAUGGACUCCGUAGGAGGCUUAGAAGAUGCCGAUAUAAAGGGUCUAUAGCGGACGGCGCGUGCGAGGGCGCUGGGUCGCAAGUGGCUACGUGCUGGUCGGGCGCCACCUGUGCGGACUCGAGGGACGUGCGCGCAGACAUGUGCGCGCGCCAGGACCGCCUGUUCAUACCCUACGUGCAUCCUGAUGAAAGUAAACACUGCGAGAUAUGGUGCGUGCCUUUAGCGGGUGGCGACGCCUCCACAUUCGGCGCGUUGCCCGACGGCUCUUCGUGUAGCUAUCAACGUCCUUACGAUGUUUGCUUCCAGGGCACAUGUGUGAAGGGGCAAUGCAAUAAUACCGACUCGGAUUGCAAUUGGUGCCCCGACGGAUACUGCAACAACAAUACGCACGAGUACUCCAGAAUGCUUGGAAAAGGUUGGACCCGUAUGGCAGUUAUUCCACACGACGCCCAUCGAGUCUCUGUCCACAUAACAACCCCCGUAACCCUGAAACUCGCUACCCGUGAACGAAAAAGGGACAGACACAUACUCGAGUUGAGCAAACACAGCAAACGUUUCCAAAUAGACAACUACCAAGAUAGCUACUGGAAAUACGAUCAGAAUGUACCACAGAAUUUGCAGAUUGUAGAAUUCGAUAACAACGUUAUUGAUAUUAAGGAAGGAGUGCAUUACGCUUGGGAAGGUUUCGCCGUGGCAGCUGGAGCGCUUCUGAGGUGGAGACAGACUGACAGUGAUAUUUAUAUCACCGCCGAUUCGAGGCUUCAGACGGAUUUAAUGAUUAUGGCUGUGCCUGAGCAUCCUGUGCCUAAUGGGGAUCUGAUGAGUGUGGCAGUGUCGGUUAACCACAGCACGCCUGCUAGCCGUUCCAGACCUAUGGAAUACAGAUGGUCUACGGAGCACGGUCCUUGCUCGGUGUCUUGCGGCGGGGGCCUGCGGCUGGUGAGACCGCGGUGUCCUCAUGGUCAACAGCGGUGCGCCCCCAACCGGUACGAGCGCUGCAACACACACAGUUGCGAAUUCAAGUGGGCUGCGGGCGAAUGGGAGGAAUGCAGCGUCACUUGCGGUGUCGAGGGGACCCAGGAGCGGCAACUGUUCUGUCUCCCCGCCAACGUCAGUGCAUCGUUAAGGCAAGACAUGAUUCGGUAUAGUGUGUCGCCAGCGCUUUGUCCAUCGGAGAAGCCAAGUAAGCAGCAAUCUUGCAACCGAAUACCCUGCCCAGUGUACUGGCAGGAGUUACCGUGGACACAGUGUUCCACGACUUGCGGCAGAGGUGUUUCCUAUCGUCCUCUCUCAUGUCCUGCGUCGGACGAUCUCUUCUGCGGUCCAAAACCGCGCGAGCGUCGCCGUCGUUGCCGCGUACGGAAAUGUCCUUCCCCCCGCAUUUCGCGACCUUGCCUCUCGCAAGACGCUACCCAGUACUGCGAGUUCUUUAGUACCGAAGAGCUGAAGAGAAACUGCGCGGUUCCACCGUUCAGAAAAUACUGCUGCAAUGCGUGUAGAGAAGUCGACAACACAAUAAAGAGAAGGAAUUUAGGAUGAACAUUGUUUAGAUCUGUUUAUUAGGUUAUGUUGUAGGUGCUUAUUAUAUUUUGGAAACAUGAGCAAUAAUAUGAAGUAAAGAAGAUUUUCAGUGAACCGCCUCUGCCCCACGCAAGAGGCUACCCAGAACUGUGAGUUCUUUAGUACCAGAGAGCAGAAGAGAAACUGCGCCGAUCCAUCGUUCAGAAAAUACAGCAUAUCAAGGUUUAAUCGAAGGUCAUUAGCAAAGCAAUUUUUAACCGGGAUGGAAAAAUAUUGAAAAAAAAACAAAAAUGGGUGAACAAGACAUUUAAAAAGUAUUCUUCUUCAGCAAUAAAAAGUUGCUAAAGUAGGUAAAAAUAAAUCAGGAAAUCAUUUUUAAAUAAAAUGCGAUUUUUCUUUUUAGUUGGCUUUUAACGAUUUCCAUAUAAUGCUAGCAGAAGUUUCGUCAUGUGGGCCGCUGCAUGUAUAAGCAAAUGCGUGUAACAUCUUCUCUAUAGACUGCCACUAAAUUACACGCGCAGGUCGCGUCGCAAAACACAACGCCUAACGUUUCGUGGCACUGUAAACACGCCCUAAAUAAUUGUAACCAAUAUUGUACCAAUGUAACCAGUAUUUUUAAUAAUAAACAAAUGUUGUAUAUCGAAACACUAUUUAUAAUUAGCGUAAGUUUAGUUCAGUAUGGUAAAUAAUAAUAAAAUGCAAAACUAAGUGCCAUAAAAUAUGAAACAACUUAGUGAAUAAAUAAUUAGUUACUAUGA